CAAAUCAAUGGAAGAAUUGCAAAGAAUUAAUAAAGUCGAAACGUGGCCGACAUAUAAAAACGAAAUCUUUAAUACAUAAUAAAAGCUUUCGGCUUCAAAUAAAUCAGUAUUUGGAGAAAAAUAAAUUUAAAUUAGCCAUUCCAAAUUUUAUAAGAUACGUUAGUAGUAUUAUGCCUACUUUUGGAAUCACAAGUAAAAUUAUUAAUAGGUCAACUGCACGCAGAUGGCUAAAAUUACUUGGGUGGAAAUACCAAACCCAUACAAAAAAAAUUUAUUUUGACGGUCACGAACGUGAAGAUGUGGUAGAAGACAGAAAUCGUUUUCUGCAAGAGAUGGCUAGGUUAAGAAAACAAAUGGCCCAAUACAUAGGUGAAAAUUUAGACCGUAUUAUCCCUCCGGAACUUUAUCCUGAAAUAGUUCCCGUCAACCAAGACGAGACCACUCUUUACGCAAAUGAUGGUGUGAAUGAGUAUUGGGGCCCGGCGGGUGAAUAUAGCCUACGGAAAAAAUCACUA